CAAUUGUUUUGUUUUGUAGCGUGACAAUCUUGGUAUCCCAACAUCCUUUACUUCAACAACAGGAUUGUUCAAUGAUGCGAAAACUCAAUUUGGUUUCGUCAUUCGCGAGAGGCGAGAGCUUUUGGAUCGCAUAAUUGAUUCUACUUGUUGAAAUUGAGCCACUAUUUCGAUUCCAUUAAGUCUCCUCGUGCACAGUCUAGUUCUUUCAUGUUUUACUUCAUGAUCUGUUGGUCCCUCGGACGAUGGCAAAUCUAUUUUGUCGAUUGAAUGCUGCUUCCGCUCGAGAGGAGUCAAGAAGCACUGGCAGGGUAAGUGCGUCAUACGUGUAACCGCAAUAAUGUAAAUAUAUGUUCAUAUUUUCACAAGUUGUAGACUUGAAAACACUUGUUAUUUGUUUGUAAAGGAAUCGCUGGCUAUCGGCUUCCUUUUUUUUUCUUAGUUCUGUGUAGCCAAAGUAAACGGAACUACGCGUAGGAUUCAUCAACAAAUAUUGAAAUCCGGCAAAUUAAGUUCGGGAGAAGCGGGUUAUGUCGUUACUCAGUAGGGGAAAUUCUAAAUGUAGUCUACAAAUACCACUAGGUACGAAGCUUUAUUUCAGAUCGUAGUUCCUCUCUAAGGAAGCCAAUCCACUCGCCUCACCCAAUGUGCUCAGCACGCGUGCGAAGGUGGAUUUUAAUCUUGAGUUUGUGAGCAGUUAAUUUCUUCCAUAGUUAUUUGAUCAUAGCUAACAGCAGGAACUAUGGUUUGAUCAACCCGUGAUUGAAAGAUCUUUGGAGAGAAUUGGCUUGAGGAGUGCUUACGAAAUCGCAUCGCUUCGAGAGUAACCUCAGGCGAUGCGAAAAGUAUUCCAUUGUUGUAAGACUUAGUAUUUUAUGUUGUCAUACUUAAUUAUUCAUGCAUAGUUUCCUGGCAUACUUAAAAGAACAUUUCUGCUUGGGCUAGCUGCACAACGGCACUCAAGCCAGGCAAAGUUAAAGUAAUCUUGCACACUCCCCCAGGUCCUGAACGAACGAAGUCAAGAUGCAAUUAUUUUGAAGGGAUGCCUGAAAAAUUUCCUUGCGUGACAAGUACAUUCUUAGCGUGACGGGAUAAGAGAUGAUGUUCGGAAAACUAAACGGGAGUUAAACAAUGUUAUUUUACGUUUUCUUUUUCUUAAUCAUAAUUCUUAGUAUUUUCCCUUUUUCUGAAUGAACACUCAUUUGUGUGAUAAUCGUAAAAGGGAUAAAUUCCUAUGACAUACAUAGCUAGCAGGCAUUUUUCUCACCUCAAUACCCUCAAGAUCCACAAGUAAAUAUUCUCUUUAAUGGUGUAUGAAGCAAUUUUCAAUUCAAUGCAGAAAAGUAAAACGGAAUAAGAGGGUCUCAAUGGGGUUAACCGUUAGCCGUAAAACGGCCAAAAAUUUAGCCGUUAGGCGUAAAAAUUGAUAAAUUUUAAUAGUUAGUUGUAAAAAGUUAAUCGUUAAAAAAAUUCUUGUAACCACAACGAAAAGAUAUUAACUGUUAGCCGUUAAUUGGCCAAAAUUUAUUCAUUAGCCGUGAAUGCCAUCACCCCCACUGAAACAUUACAGUGUAUGCUGAAUUGCGUUUCGAGGAACAUGUCCAAUAGCAAAUUACAAGUUACUCUCCUCGCGGACGAAUGGAAGUCUUCCAAAGGUGGCCUGUCGACCAUAAAUCGAGAAUUGGCGAUACAGUUGGCUAAACAUCCCAAUGUGUCUGUAACUUUCUUUGUCCCGAAAUGCACUGAAGACGACAAAAAUGCAAGUAGUGGUUGUAACGUGCGUAUCGUUAAAGCACGGGAGCGGCAUGCAUUCGAUCCGCUUGAUUGGUUACGUUUUCCACCAGAUGAUCUCUCCAUAGACAUAAUCAUUGGCCAUGGUGUAAAACUUGGUAAACAAGCUCAAAUAAUAAGGGAAAGCCAUCGGUGUAAGUGGGUUCAAGUUGUACAUACUGCCCCUGAGGAACUUUCCAUGUUGAAAACGUACUCAGAUUGUGACAAUGCCAUAUCUAAGGGCGACAAAAAACAGUGGAAUGAAAUCAAACUGUGCCAGAUUGCCGAUCUAGUGGUGGCCGUUGGACCAAGGCUUUGGGAGUUUUACUCGCGUUACCUUAGCUCCUCCGGAAAACAUGUAUUCAAUCUUACGCCAGGUAUCUUUUCUGAAUUAUCCUCGUUAAAGCUUUCCACAGUCAAAGGUAAGAGGUUCAAUGUUCUGUUGUUUGGACGAGGCGACUCAGAAGAUUUUAAACUCAAGGGUUUCGAUAUAGCGGCCAAAGCAGUCGCUCAACUGAAUGACACAAGUUAUAAGCUCGUCUUUGUGGGUGCACCAAGUGGAAAUGAGGAACAAGUGGCAGAGCAACUGCUUGAGUACGGCUUGAGCAAAAAGCAGUUGAUUGUGAAGUCAUUUCUUGAAAAUCGGGGAGAUCUUGCAACCCUGUUAUCUACAGCAGAUCUUGCUGUCAUACCCUCAAGAUCAGAAGGAUUUGGUUUAACCGCUUUGGAAGCGUUAUCUGCUGGUCUGCCUUUUCUUGUAACCCAAGCUAGCGGAUUUGGAGAGGCUCUGCAAGAUGCUCUUCCUCAGAGUACCCCCUGGGUUGUGGAUUCUGAGAAAUCAGAUGAGUGGGCUGAAGCUAUUAAAGGUGUCCGAGAAAAGGGUCGCGAAGCAGCAAUUGCGGGAUGUCAAACUCUACGGGAAAGCUAUGGCAAGAAGUACAUCUGGGAUACUCAAUGCAGGGAUCUUGUGGAAAAGAUGGUCAGCCUCGCUAAUGGUAAGCACUUUUCAGUAUAUCUCCUGUGAAUCGUUCUUGUCACGGUAAUAGUGAUUUUAGGUUUGGCUGCAAAAGUAAGCCAACUUACCUGUGUCCCAUUUUGUUUCAAAAGGUUUUCGUUCUGCUGCGUGAAAACACUUUUCCUUACUUCACCGUUCUGAUGAUUCAUUUCUAUUAUCACUGCUAGGUUUUUUUUUACAUUUUUGUGUUCUUUUCAGCUUAGCUAUUUGAGUGAACUGACCAUGGUAAAUGUUUUUCUCUAUAUUAUUUUUUUAACUUGAUAACAUUAAAGUAGUAAGUUAAUUUCAUAUCAAAGGUCAGCGGUGAAUUUUGAGCGUAGUAAUAUAGAAAUAUAGAGAGAUGGUUUUUUUUUUUAAUCAUGUAAAGAGCGUGGCACAAAGAAUAAUUCUGAGUUGCCAUGAGGAAUCGACCUCAUACCAAGGAAUUUCGCGCUCUGAAUCUCUUACACUGAGCCACUGGUACUCUAGGGUGAGCUAAGUUAUUAUAACGUAAUAUCUGAGGAGUGUUCAGCAUAAUGCUGUUAUCGACCUUGUGGCUUAGUCUCAAUGACUCGGAAUGGAGCGUCGAAACACGAAAUCCGAUGAUCUGUUAUACAAUUCCUCAUGAGAACUCUGAUUUCUCUGUUUAUCCCACGCUUGUGAAUAGACGAAAACUGAACAUCUUUCUCAUUUGAAAUACAUUACCUAACACUUGCAACUUCAGGAAGCAAGAUGGAAUCGUCAGUUACUGCUGCUCCCUUACAAAGUUUGAAUGAGGCCUCUACUGUGUACCGUUCAGAUGAACAAAGUACCAAAACGCACCCUGAAGUGAAAAAUGCACAACUGGAAGACCAGUCUGGACUGUCAUCGAGUGCAAGAGGUCCUUUACCUGAAGACCAGCGUUUGACUGAACAAAGGCUCGAGGACAAACGUGAGGAGAGACGAGAAGGUUUCACUGCUCGUGAUUUUGAAACGACCAGUGGAAGAAAGUCAUCAUAUUUUUGUAGUCAAUGAACCACGCCUGAAAAAAAUCUUUCCCCAAGUCUUGAAAGACCCAAAGGUUAGAGAAUUACAUUCGUAUCAGUAAUAAACUCUAAAAAUAUUACUAACAUAAAGCAUUACUACUCUGGUCUUAGCAUUUUAUUCCGUUUUGAAUGAACAAUAUUGGAAAGGAGGCUUUACAUUUACCCAGAUAAUUAGAUCCGAUGGUCUGUUGUUCAAUUCCACAUGAGAACUCUGAUAUCUUUAUUUUUCCCACGCUUGUGAACACUUUUCUCAUUUGAAAUACAUUAUAUAACAUUUGCAGCUUCAGGAAGCAAGAUGAAAUCGUCAGUUACUGCUGCUCCCUCACAAAGUUUGAAUGAGGUCUCUACUGUGUACCGUUCAGAUGAACAAAGUACCAAAACGCACCCUGAAGUGAAAAAUGCACAAAUGGAAGACGAGUCUGGACUAUCAUCGAGUGCAAGAGGUCCUUUACCUGAAGACCAGCUUUUUACUGAACAAAGGCUCGAGGACAAACGUGAGGAGAGACGAGAAGGUUUCACUGCUCAUGAUUUUGAAACGACCAGUGGAAGAAAGUCAUCAUAUUCUUGUAGUCAAGGAACCACGCCUGAAAAAAAUCUUUUCCCAAGUCUUGAAAUACCAAAAGGUUAGAGAAUUACAUUCGUAUCAGUAAUUAACUCUAAAAUUAUUACUAAAAUAAAGCAUUACUACUCUGGUCUUAGCAUUUUAUUUCGUUUUGAAUGAACAAUAUUAGAAAGGAGGCUUUACAUUUACCCAGAUAAUUAGAUCCGAUGGUCUGUUGUUCAAUUCCACAUGGGAACCCUGAUAUCUUAAUUUUUCCCACGCUUGUGAGAUAACGAAAGCUGAACACCAUUCUCAUUUGAAAUACAUUAUAUAACAUUUGCAGCUUCAGGAAGCAAGAUGAAAUCGUCAGUUACUGCUGCUCCCCCUCAGAGUUUGAAUGAGGCCUCUGUUGUGAUAUCAGAGAUAGAUGGAAAACAAUCAGUCGCUUCAUCAAAAUCUGAACAGUGCCAGAAACUCCAAGAAAAUAGACCAGAACACUUUGUGGGAGUCGACGAAGGUAAUUUUCCUGAACCGAAGUAUUGAAUCCAGUGACUUAGCGCACUCAGCUGUUUCGAGAAAGAUUGUCGGAAAAAAAGCAUAAAAGUAGGUGCAACAACCCCGAAAUGUAUCCUGGGUAGUUUUCAGGUUAUGGUUCCUUUUCAGGGGAAACUGAGGAAGCGUCACAUUUCUUUCCUGUAUGGUUAAUAGAUAUAAUUUACGGUAAAUUUUUCACGACUAAUGGCACAAAUAUGUCAAUUUGUUUUGUUGUUUUACGGCUAACGAUUGAUCCCAUUGGCUCCUUCCUGACAAGGAAGACAAGGCAAAGCGGGUUUGAUUAAUGUAGUAAUUUAUUAAAAUUCAUUGAUUACCAGAUACUCAGAUAAUCUUUCGAUAUCGUCCCGUGCACUUUUGUUCUUUUUCCGACAAUCUUUCUCGAAACAACUUCAUUGCCAUGAGCAGCGUUUUUUGCUCUUAAGACGACUCCUAAUGCUUUCAGUAUUUUAAAACACACCAAUUCUUUGAUGGUUCCAAGCCUCCACACUUUUCUAUUGUGUUCCUUUAAAUUGAUAUGAGAGAAAUGCUCAAAUAUUUCUUAUUAAGUUUGUUAAUUUUCCUACGUAGCAAAAAUUAGGGUUAUCGUAACAACGAUGUAAAAAAAAAAUUUUUCUUCAAAGGUUCAAAAAGCUGUGCGUACAGUUCAGAUCAGAUUCUCCAUUUUUUGAAAACUAUCGAGCCAUUUGUAAAGAAAUUCGAAAUAAGAUAUAUAUACAUACACUCCACUUUUGUCAUUCAUUGAAAGAGCGGGCGUAAAUUCUAAAUACAUUCCGUCACGGUAAGUACUGCUGGCUGUGUUUGAUUGUUAAGGUUUCAGAUCAUUUGUCAUCAUUCUAAGAAAUAUACCGUUCCAUGUUUCCACAGGGGGAAAUGUUAUCAAUGUUAUCGGCGGUGAUGACAAUUCCAAGGAGGAUGGCGAAGAGGAUCAAGACUUUAUUUCACGCUGGGAGAUGGGGAAUGUUCCCUCACAGUUCAGCGAAGGGAUCUCGCAGUCAAUAAACCGAGUCCAUCUUUUCAACUGUGAUAACAAAUACAAGUUGGAGCCUGUCGAGAACUUACUGAAUAAAGUCGCAGAUAUCGAUGGCCACCAUAUGUGUGUGGUGAAGCACUCAUUUAAACUUACUAAAAUGUCUGAAGUAAUUGACCAAAUUUCAACUCUGGCGAUGGAUAUGGCUGUUUUUGUUGUCCAUGCACACGAAUCUUGGCCGUCAAUCAACGAGGACAACUGUGGAAUCGGUUACACCAAGAUAUACAGAGCUCUACUACAAGCAACGGGUAAGAAAAGCACUUUCACUCUGUAGAUUUCCCCCUAAAAUUUGCUGGAAAUUUAAUGCAAAAUUUUGGACAUUAUCUACCAACUAAGCUCCAUCAGGCAAAAGACUGAAAGUGAAAAUAACUGUCGCUCGUCUUACGGAUGGAAAAAGUGGAAACUACGCCAAUUUUUUUGGGCGGCCGCGCACAGUAUUUUUCCGCUUACUCGAAUCUUAUAUACCAGCGUUUGACGUAAAUUUUUAGGGAGAAGUUCAACCCUGAUAAAAUACCUUGUCUGCGCUGAAGGAAACGGUGACACAGCUUCCGAACAUACGUUCCAAUAUCAUAAUUAAUACUGGGACUACUGAUUAUAAUCGUGAAAUUUCUUAGUUUAAUUUCGAGAUACCUGGCUUCUCGUUCAAGUUGAUCAUUGGUCAGCUAACGUCAUCUAUCGACUACCAAUCAAGGUAUAUCACCGGCGGAAGAACAGUCAUGGUCAGUAAUUAAUGUGCACCCAGAAUCCUCGCUGAAAAAAAAAAAAAAAACCUACAAGCCUAGAAUGUUUAUUCGGCUUCGAGGUUCUAUGGACUUUUGUCGGCGGUAAUGUAAUAAAAAGAUGUUAAACAUAACGUUCUGUUUAAUAUGUUUUUACGAGUGGGAUGUUGCCAGGCCACGACCAAAAUUUAAUGGUUGACGAAAUUUGUAAAGAUAUUUGAAAUAAUACAUAUAUGUUAUUUGCCGGCUGGGAGGUCCGUAUGGUGAAAAACGGUGACUGAGGUCUUGAAAAUAUUCAAGACCGAGGUCACAGUUUUUUACUAUACGGACCGACCCUUAGCCGGUAAAUAACAUCUUUAUUUUUUUUAAACUUGAUAAAAUUCUUUCCGAAAGAGCCCGAAUGAUUUAGGGCUGUACGGCAAGAUCUUCCAUAAACUGAACAAUUUUUGAGCGAGUAAAUGGUAGUUAAAAUAGAGGUGAUGCAAAUUCAAGAGAGAUGCCUCACCGAAACAUAUUCAUUUGCGUAACGAUAAAGGUGAUUUAAAAGGCUUCUUAACAAACUUUUAAACAUUAUUUUUUCAAGUAUCUGUCACAAUCUGACACCCGUCAAUUAGAGAGCGCGCAAGGGAAAAAAAAGCGCAAGAAGAUUUGAAAAACAACAGAGCUAGUUUGGCAAGGACUGCCACGACAAUGUUUUCUUCAAAAACAGUCAAUGAUCUAACGGAAAGUAUAAUUGACUCUCAUCGACGAGUCAUUCAUGUACGAAGAUUUACCUCUGUUCAUUUAGUAAACGGCGAGGAAAGUAAUUGUGAGUAAAUUCAAUUUUUAUAUUUUGAGGUUGUGAGAGUUUGCUCGUUUGUUUGCUGCAAUGGCGUAUGUAAAUCUGGUCUUUCCUCCACAAAAACUAAAAUUGAACAACACACUCCAACGAGACACAAGGAUUUAUUAGGGCCUUUUCUCAAUAAACUCCUUCAGUUUCUGUUGUGCAAUUUACGGUACGAGUCCGAAUUGAACGGACUCAGAAAGACUCACCGAGAGCGUAUAUUUGUCGUAGAACUGAAUUUAAAACUUCGCUCGCUCUUUCACUACGAACAAAUCGUUUGAGAAAAUUCAGAUAUUAAAUGAAUGAAAGUACCAUCGAUCAGUUUAACUGUAACCAAAUACCUCACAUUUAACUUUCUAGGUACUUUUUGUGAACGAUUGAAAUUAAUUGCAUACGGUUUUUAGGCCGCUUGUCAACCAACGUAGUGACACCAUUGUUUCGAGAAGAACAUUGCUCGCGUGACAUUUGCGUUACGUUUAAAAGUUUAUUUAGUUUAAUAUUUCACCUUUUCUUUUCACUUAUUGAUCACCUUGAUUGACACUGAAAUAUGAGUAAGUUGAUGGUUUUUAGUUAGGUUUUACACGUGUCGUGUCGGAGGCAUGAAUCAGGAUAGCUUUCCCGUUUUUGAUGAUUAUACAGUUUAGUUUAACUCUGGAAUCCCGUCACGAAGUAAGUCAGUUGUUUUAAGUCGUUUUUGGUUUCCUUAGGCUUUGUUACAUUCAAUUAUUCGCGUUGAUUUCUGUUAGUGUAAUUUCUGUAAGACCGCAUGUAAUUAGCGGUUAAAUCUGUUCGUGUUUUGAAGAUUAUAUGUUGUGCUUAGGUCUCUUAUUUUGGUUAGGUUCUGUUGUUUAGAAAUCUUAUUUAUUUAUUGUUUCAGAUCGAAUAAAAUUCUAUUUAUACGAUUCGGGAUUCUUUAGAGCCACGCAAGUAAUUUGGUUUUCAUCCGACGGACCAACCAUUGCUUAAACAAAUUCAUUCUGACAGCAAUAUUUUUCUGUCAACCAAAGUGAUUUGAGAGAGAGAAAACAGAGGAUUCAUAAGUUAUUUAUCGGCUUGAGGUAGUGACCGACGUGUUUCCUAAAAGAUACUGCCCAGCCGGAAAAACGAGAUAUAUUUAUGAAAAAUGGCAACGAAAGUUGGGAUGUACUCGGCGAUUCACGAAAGCGUCACCGUGGCCCGUGGGCCGAGAUAGGAAAUACUGACCGGGUAAAGAACCAAUCAGAUUGCAGGAUUCGUUACCGUGCCCUCUAAAAAUAAUUAAAGUAGAUAAUCGACUUUUAACUGACGGCCGCCUAUUGCUUUCCAUGGAAGAGCGUGCACAAAUUCCGUCACGGUGGCAAGUGUAACUGGUUUUGCAUUGCAAAUAAACCGUUUCAUGUUUUUACAGGCGGAAAUGUUAUCAUCGUUAUCCGAUAAGACAAGACAAGAGGAAGUGUUUCCAUGAAUCUUGCGACAAUUUCAACCGUUAAUAGAGGUUUAAAAAAUGCGCGUGGCUUUAUCGUUAGGUAAAAGGGAAAAGAAAAGUCACACUUGACUUUGUUAUUAUGUGUUGGCCGGAAUAUAUGGUUUAAUGUUGACCUUUAGAUUCAUGCAAUGCGUCAUUCAGACCACAAAGAUAUAAGAUUCCGUGACUCAUUGCUUGUCAAUGAAUUUUGAAAGUUAUAAGUAUUUGCACCGAAAGGUAUUGAAAAACUUCUAGAGUGCAGGAAUACUGUAAUUUAUUUGCCACUCAUUCAGGUUGGGUGCAAGUAAACUAUAUCAACUACAUGCAAUUGCAAGUGAAACCGUCAGGGACUGUCAGGAUUAAAUGAGUAAAAGUGAAAGCAAAUUUAUAUUUAAAAGCCAUUUUGCUUCAAUAAGUAACGGCUAAGGGAACAUUGAUUUAAUUACUCACAAUGAUGAAUGCUAAACAUAUCAGAGGUACUUCUCCUCGGAUACUGGUUUUGAGUGGUCAAGGGAUAUUUCUACGGAAAUUUGUACGUGAUGAUUUAACACUUUGCCAUUGAAACCGAAUUGAAAAGGUGCGCAUUUGUCAGCUGUCAGCAGUUAUAUAUAGCACUUAAGAGAGUGUCUCUGUAAGAGCGGUCCGGUCGAUUUUUCUUGAGACACAGAUUUCGCUCGUUUCUCGUGUGUUGUAAGACAUUCAUGUACCUAUACUAAAACCACAAUCAGUUUGAUCGGAUUUCUUUAUUUUUCAGAGUUUUACGGAAAUUAAAUUUCACUCGAGCGAAGGCUUGUCGUGACACUUUUCAAGACUUUAAUUUCAUACAACUUUGGAGGACAAUUUACAAAAAACUACGGAACUCAGCCAAAAACAAAUACCACAGCCAUGUAUAUUAACUCUAUCUUAUCUAUCGAGGUGACUUUCGUAAACAUCACGUGUCAAUCAAGGAAACAGGGAGACUUGAAUGACACCUUAUUGGUUCGCCUAAAUCACACACGCCAAAACCGAUCAAAUUCAAGGUAAAUUUUUGAAAAAGUGAGGCGUUCUUAACUGAUCCAACUAACAUAGCUAGGAAGUAGGUGCCAUAGAAAAGGUAACUACAGAAAAAAACUUUGCGGCCCGACCUUUACGAGAACUUUAUAACUCCGUGAACUUACCUAAUUUUCGGCAAUCUCCAAGUUUGGCCGCCAUUUUGAGGGACUUGUUUACAUGAAGCGUAACCGAUAUAAAUCAAGCAGGUAGAUCUAAAACUGUCAGAAAUACAUACGAAAGCAAUUCAAAUGAACUUUACUUUCAAUUCAAGCGGCAAAACUUGAAAUUGUUCGUUAAACUUACCAUCCCCAUGCGACCGUUUAUCCCAACAAUUCAAACACUACAACUUUCUGAAUUCCCCUCGUCGAUUCCACCGCAAGAAAUAACCUAUGCCACUCAAGCUUCGACUCGAAUGUGAAGUACGAAUCAAAUAACAUAGCUGCUUCAUCUUCGCGGCAAUAUCACGCUGGUAUUUUGAUUUUCCGAUCGACAAGAACGGUGAUCAAGAAUCGAUCGGUUUGUUUACCUCAUAAACGUGACCGCUGACCAGCUGCUGAGUGAAAACAGUACAGUUCAGCGGCGAGGGGCGGGGUGAGGGGUGGGUGCGGGCAGAUUAUCAAAAUAUUUUUGGGAACAUUUGAACAUAUGCAUUAAAGUAUCAUGAUAAACAUUAGGAUUCUCAGUCUUAAUGCGAAGGCAUGCUUCGUGUUGCAGACAACUUUUAUUUUACUUAGUAUUCUUUUUUAUUUCAAAUACAUUUCGUUCCAAAUAGGACUAGCAUCAGUUCAUAGAUUUAAAAACAAAUCUUUACCACGUAAAUAAAUGUGUUUAGAUAAUCGAGAUAACCAUUGAACCUAUUAUAUCGCACCGGAAAUAACGUGUCUUGUCUUUGCCCAACUCUGAGAGCGUGGAGCGGCAAAGACGCGAGAUACGAGUCUCGCGUGGAGCGGCUUCUCCAUGCUCACAGGAUACGCGUGGCCUCACUAUCUUUAAGAAAAGUAAGAGACUGCUCGAAGUCUGUAUUCCGUUCAACCAUUUCAUAAGAGUGACGCGAGUCUUUCAAUUGAGUGAGAAAGUCACAAACCCAUUCUUUACCUCACGAGCGUAACCACUGACCACUCACGAAUUACAAUAGGCUUCUCCUUUGACGCGGAAAUUGAAAUCGUAUCGAAUAUACAAAGUUAUAGUGAGUUCCUUUAGAUCUCCCGAACUUGUAUCGCGUUGGAAACAAUUACAAGUACAGGAAGAAGUCGUUCAUUAGCGAGACGUUCAUUAUGUCUCAGGACUCCUUUUUGAAUAGCAAAGAUGGAAAAAACUUUGGUUCAUCGUGUGGCUUAAGUGGUUUGGUACGACUGUCUGAAUGCAAUGACGAAGUAAAACAUCAUUUGAUAAGCUGCCACCUGUCUAAAGAGGUUUUUAAGUGAAAAUGAGCUAAUCUUGGCAAAGAUUGGCCUAUUUCACCUCGCUCAGGAGGAUAAACAAAAAAAUGUGGAUUUGCCAUAGGCAUCGCCACACUCUGGGGAAGUUUUGGAGAAGUGCAAAGGUAACAUGUCAGUAUCCUGAUCAUGAUGGUAUCAGGAAGCGUAUCCAAGGCAGAGAUGUAAUUACCUUGCAUAUGUCUCAGGACAUUCAAAAGCUGUUUGGAGUUAUUAUUCCAGUGGAAUCAGGUAGUCUUCAGUAACAUUUUCUGUUAUCUAUUUUUGUCACGUGACAUAUCUGCUCGAAAAGAGAAGAAAUUCUUUAUUAGAUAAAGGGUACUUAAGUACACAUCACGUUGAAAAAAAAUAGAUUAAUGUGUAAGUGCUUUUAAUUACAGAUGGAAAUAUGUACAAUGUUGCUCGGUUGAUAAUCAAUAAUGUUUUUGUGGAAGAUCAAAUCACCUGACAACGCAAUAUACCUACUCAUGCGUACGGUUCACAAUUAUUUGCGGUCAGUUUUCCUCAGUUUGUAUGAUUCUCAUUAACCAGUAUGAUUAAAUUUGCAGACUAAAAGACCCCUUAUUUGAUUGAGAAUAAUAAAAGUAAACCGUGCAUGUCGGUUUUUAAUUCCUGAUGGAUGCUAGUGGGCUUUACUUUAACUGAGAAAUUUGCAAUCGCUUACCUCAGCUCUCUGUGUCCCAUGCCAUAAGAAGCACAAGAAAAAAGUUGAUGAUAGUGAGUCUUGGCUGAGACAAGAAGAAUCAGAGAAGAAUCUACGGUCCCCAGAAACGCCACUAUUAAACACGAGACAACUAAGGUAAAUUGAAUUAAGUGUUAUUUGUUUUAUUUAAAACUAUCGUUCAGAUUAUAAGAUACCCGAAAAACUCUCCCCACCGAUUUUUUACUUACAUUCUGUUAAUCAAAAGUUUCACUAAUUAUAAAGGCUUUCUUGUUGAUCGUCUUAAUAGCAACAGUUUCCAGGAUCCAAGGGGAGCAAAAGAGAGAACAACUUUCUGUGUAGCUAGGUAAGGCGACAUGCCGGCUUUAUACUUCUUCCGGCGUGAUAACGAUAAUGAUGACAACAAUGGGCAAAAAACACCGUCCGCUAAUGAUGACGAUCAUCAUAGUUAUUAACAAAUCUCAGUUAUAGUCCUGAAAAAAUCUCAGGGGGUCCUUUGAACAAUCCACUUAAUCUCGCCAGAAGUCAAAGUCGCCUACACUCAAUCUAAGGUUCGUGCGAUUUUACGACGAAUUUUCAAUUCCGGUGUGUUGCAUGCGCGACUUUUGAUAGAAAAAACCUGCACGCGCCAUAACUUAAAAGAACGUGUCAGCGGAAUGAAUCAAAUCUCUAUCACUUUGCAUACAUUCUUGGGAACAGAAAAAAUUACUUAGAGCAAACAUUCUAAGUAUAGUGUUCAUUCCUUGCAAUGGGGCAUAAAUAAAAGGUUCUGGUGGAAAAGACACCUUAUUUUAUACCACUGAUGACAAGCAAAAAGGUUAUAUGGGCACCCGGUUAAAAAUAUAUUGAUAACUCUAUUAAUACCAGCUCUAAUUUAAAGGAGAAAGUUAUGAGAAUACAAUAAAAGUUGUCUGUACCACGAAGCAUGCCCUCACUGUUUAGACUGAUAGUCCAAGAGCUUUUUGAGCAUGUGUUCGAAUAUCUUAUGACGAUAAGCCCACCACCCACCCCACCCCGCGCUAUACUGUUUUCACUUAGCGGCUGGUCAGCGGUCACGUUUAUGAGGUAAACAAACCGAUCGAUUCCUGAUCACCGUUCUUGUCGAUCGGAAAAUCAAAAUACCAGCGUGAUAUUGCCGCGAAGAUGAAGCGGUUAUGCUACUUGAUUCGUACUUCACAUUCGAGUCAAAGCUUGAGUGGCACAGGUUAUUUCUUGCGGUGGAAUCGACGAGGGGAAUUCGAACACUAGUUGUAGUGUUUGAAUUGUUGGGAUAAAUGGUCGCAUGGGGAUGGUAAGUUUAACGAACAAUUUCAAGUUUUGCCGCUUGAAUUGAAAGUAAAGUUCAUUUGAAUUGCUUUCGUAUGUAUUUCUGACGGUUUUAGAUCUACCUGCUUGAUUUAUAUCGGUUACGCUUCAUGUAAACAAGUCCCUCAAAAUGGCGGCCAAACUUGGAGAUUGCCGAAAAUUAGGUAAGUUCACGGAGUUAUAAAGUUCUCGUAAAGGUCGGGCCGCAAAGUUUUUUUCUGUAGUUACCUUUUCUAUGGCACCUACUUCCUAGCUAUGUUAGUUGGAUCAGUUAAGAACGCCUCACUUUUUCAAAAAUUUACCUUGAAUUUGAUCGGUUUUGGCGUGUGUGAUUUAGGCGAACCGAUAAGGUGUCAUUCAAGUCUCCCUGUUUCCUUGAUUGACACGUGAUGUUUACGAAAGUCACCUCGAUAGAUAAGAUAGAGUUAAUAUACAUGGCUGUGGUAUUUGUUUUUUGCUGAGUUCCGCAGUUUUUUGUAAAUUGUCCUCCAAAGUUGUAUGAAAUUAAAGUCUUGAAAAGUGUCACGACAAGCCUUCGCUCGAGUGAAAUUUAAUUUCCGUAAAACUCUGAAAAAUAAAGAGAUCCGAUCAAACUGAUUGUGGUUUUAGUAUAGGUACAUGAAUGUCUUACAACACACGAGAAACGAGCGAAAUCUGUGUCUCAAGCAAAAUCGACCGGACCGCUCUUACAGAGACACUCUCUUAAAUCGGUUCAAAACGCUUUCAAAGCAAUUCAAUUUAAUUUGAAUAAUCAUUCGAAUUACGUUAGGAAAUCUUUUUGGUGAGAAGAAACGGACCUCCAAUUACCAUACAUGAACCAAGUAACAUGAUGUUAUUUCGAUGACAUGCUAAAUUUUAUUUGCUGUUUCAUAUCACGUCAGAAACGUGAUAUUUUGCUUUAUUUGGCAUAAGGUAAAAUAUUGACUGGACCAUUGAACCACUAGACUAAUUUUGGACUAUUUUUGGCCCUUCUCUUGGACCAAUUUAUCGAGGGGAGGUAGACCAUAAGUACUUAGGGAGGGGUGGAAGGCAAACUGUUCUUACUCAGGGAGGGGUGGAAGACGAACUUAGGGAGGGGUGGGGGUGGUUGUAUCAGUAAAUGUUACUGAUUGAUGUUGUUUUCAAUAGAUCAUUCCAAUUAUUUUGAACGGUUUUUCGACUGACUAUUUUCAUGUCAAAAUUUUGCGCUGGUUCGAAGCCUUUAUUUAUUUUUUGUCAAGCGAAUGCAAAACUGGCACCUAGUUUCAAGUUUUCAAGUUUUAUUAUUUCACACUGUUUACAUAAAAAAUAAGUUAACAUAACAUGAUUUACAAUGAUAAAUACAAUGAGAGUAUACAAGAGUAUACAAUGAGAUAUAUAUAUAUAUGUCUAGACACUGCACUAAAAUUGUUAUUGAAAAUAUCGCCAAUUCCCGUUCCGAUCCACUACUGUUAGGUCACGGGUGUGCCUUUUAAGUCGACUUGUGCCAGCUCUUAAUGAUACUCACUGGUUAGCAUGAAUCAUCCACCAGAUGCUUCACGUUUUCUUUUGUGAACACAGCAUAUCAUUAUUAAAUUUAUCCACCUUCCUUUUGUCAUUGAUCUUAUCAUACGGCUAAGAUCACGGAAUUUCCGGUCACAAGCGCAUCGUAAUUUUAACGUUUACACCUUAGCUAUAAAAAAAUCGUUGGUAGUUUCGUACAAAGCAAUCUUCUCUCUUUUCAUAUACAUAGUUUUCCCCUAUUAGAUACACUCAAGUCACGCUUGAAUUUGAGUGUCAUGUCACGCCUUUCACUUUAUAAGUGACGUUUAAAACAGCACAGCUUCAGCGCUGGAUCAUUUUUUAAAUAACACGUUUGCAUUUUAUGAAGGUCCCCAAAAGAAUUCUUCAAUCCCGCGAUCCCGACUAAAAUGUUCUCUCAAUCCCGUGAUCCCGACGGUUUAUACCGGCCAAUCCCGAUCCCAAUCUAACAAUUCUGUCUUAGUCCAUUUCCUAAACUUAGGAGGGCCUUUUUGGUGGGGGAUUAUUUUCUCAACCAGCAUUGAUCCGUAGAAGUCUAUGGUCAGUAAGUUUAUCUCUCUUCAUCAAAUGAUGACAUCGUUCAAUUUUGAAGUUUUCAAAGUUUUGCUCGAAUAAAGUACGCUAUUCACGGUGAUGACUUCCUUUCAUUAAACUUCGAUCACGGACAAACAUAUGGGUACAGACAUGUCAGUAUCAAAGAAGCGAAUAACAAUUUCAACAAGUGCACGAAACACAAAAGUUUAAGGCAAUCCCAUGGUUCCAUAACAACGGAGAUUAAGAAAAAUUAACUCAACACAAUUCUGCUGUUGAAGCGAAUACUUCUUUCGAGUAAAAAUCAGCCUCUCCUUUCAAAGAUGGAAAGUCGUCAUCAUCAGUCGGGGAAUCAUACUCUAAUAUUCCAUCUUCCUUUUCGUCUCGUUUCCCGCUAUUUUCUUGCUGCUCCUCGAAGUCAGAGCGUUCGAGGCUGACCGGUUCGACUGACUGAAUUUCUCUCUAAUAGAAGUACGACGAGGAAGUUCCAGCUCUUGCCAUCGUUGUUUCCUGUCUGAAGGUAUAAUUCUGAGACUUGCUGGAGGUUUAAUUUUCAUUCCCGCGCAAUAACUGAAGAGUGUCGCUGAGCAUCCCGACCGCCUCUUGAAUGCUAGAGAGUCUGUGCACCUGGUGCUUUUCAUGGACUGAGAAGAGCAAUUUCUUCAUAAAUUCUCGUCAACGGACAUCUCGGUUCUUGGUUCGUUUAAGUGAUUAUUUCCCGAAUCCAGCUCCUCAAAAUCGCCGAUUCCUGUGUCCCCUUCAAUAUUGGAAUCCUGCAUCUCGUUCCCUUCUUACUUUAAAUUCCCGGAUCCCGGCCUUUAAAUAAGUCCAAUCCCGGAUCACGAAAAACCUAUUGGAGACUCUCUUUUAUGGCGAAAUGGCAUAAUUGUUCUUUCACAUAGGCGAUACAUUGAUUCAUUAAGUUCACACAAGUGCAAAUUACAGAAUUACCUUUUUCGAAAAUUUCGGAUUUGCAAUUCACAAAUUACGAAUUUCCUUGGCAAAUUAUCGAUUUAAGUUAAUCUCGCAAAUGACAUUUUUUCAUUCCGUUUUGUUUCGCAUAAUUACAGCGAGCCUUCAUGACAAAACGACUUCUAUAUUUCACAAUGACUCGAGAGAGCAUGAAAUCUCUUUCCAAUUUCUGAAACAGUCAAAGUUGAUAAUUGUCUGCUAAUUGCAAGCCAGAUCAAAAUGUUAUGCAAAAAAAGGAAAAAAAUAGUCAGUCGAAAAACCGCUCAAAAUAAUUUGAAUGAUCCAUUAAAAACUAUUAAUCAGUAACACUUACUAAUACAACCACCUUCGACCCCUCCCUGCGUACUAAUAGUUCGUCUUCCACCCCUCCCUCAAUAGCAAGUCUACCUCCCACCCCUCCCUGAGUAGUACCGGUAAAUUGCGUCCAACCCCUUCCUAAGUACUAAUGGUCUGCCUCUUCCCCUGAUUAAUUGGUCCAAAAAUUGGUCAAAUAAUCGGCGAAAAAAUCGUCCAAAAAAUCUUCCUAAGGCCUAAUGGUCCCGUCCAUAUUUUACCCUAUGCCGCCUUAUUUCCACAAGCCCAAAUAAAAUUUACAGAAAUAAUAAAUAAAUGUGACUCCAAAGACGUCUUACGGGCCUUUGCAUAAACACUUCGUUAAUCAAACAGCAUAAAUCAUGUCCCUUUCGUGCAAUACGGAUUAAACAUGUAUCAAUCAAUUUAAUAUUAAUGCUAAUGCUUGGGAUCAGGUUGCCUCGUGUAUCCAAGCCAGAGGCUCGUGUAUACGACGUAGGACAGUAAGCAACAUAAAAUUAAAAAACAAAAAAACAAAAACAAAAAAAUAAAAAACUAAACCUACAAAAAGAAAUGCUUUAAUUAGAACUAUCGGUAGGGCGAUAACACCAGGUGCUCAAUCAAAGGGGCGCAUUGUUCUAUAUUUUACAUCUGGCAUUAGAUUAAGUCUGUCUGACAUGGGAGAUACAAACAUACCGGCCAAAAAAAAAAAGACAUCGGAAAUUGCAUAUCACGUGUGAAAUUAUGUACUGUUACGCCUCUUUACAUUUGAAUCUGCUUUAUUAUCAGGUGGAAAUGUCAUUAUCGUUAUCGGGGGAGAUAAUAAAUACGAGGGCGACGACGAAGAGGAACGUGGGGUUAUUUCAGUUUGGGCGAAAAGGAAAGUUUCCUCACAGUUCAGUGAAGAGUGUCUCGAUGGCAGAAACAGCUUCAUCUUUUCUUGGAACAGACAACAUCGAGAAAUUCACGAACAAGCUCUACUGCAUCACUUUGACUCAAGGAAGAAAGGACAAAAGUUCGAAUAUCAACCAGAUCAGCGAAAGGAACAACGAAAGGCAGCAACACCACCGCCGUCAAGAUCGAAAGAGGUGAUACCUCCGUUUCGUAGAUGUUUUUCUGUGUCAGGCGAACGACAAUAUGACUCGGAGCCGCCACUUAAACCAGAAAGUUCCCUGCGUCACUAUGAAGCUGUAACUGGAGCAAGGGAGAUCAAAGAAUGGAAAACUCUUGAUAGUAGAGCCGAGGGCAGCAAUAUUUCGAGGAAGAAGGCAAGCACAACAACUGUCAUUAAUUAAGGAGCUGGGUCUAAGGAAAUUAUUCGUCCACGUAUCGGAGAAACCAUAGGUUAGAAUAAAAUCUUAAAAACAGAUUUAAAGGAAAAUAUUUAGGUACCUUCCCCACUUAUGCGUCGAUCAAUCGGAAGCUUCAACAUCCAGGAAGCCUCCUGUGGAUUUAAACUUUUGAAGAUUGGUAUGUUCAAAUUCCCGUUCCGGGCCCAAAAUUAUUUUUAAAUCAGGGGUGGGGAAUUUGAACAUUUCUUGGCUGAGAUGGGGAAUUUCAACCGGAAUAAAAGUUUUUAUUUUUAAAGAUAGGGAAAGUUUGAAGGUAUAGAGUUCAAUUCGCGGGCGAAUUCCUCAGAAGGAAAGGUCUAUAAGGUCUAGUUUUAAAGCUUGGUAAAUGGGUUGCCCCGGGGGGAAUGUUGAAGCUCCGAAUUAAUCUGCGCAUUAUCUGAAAGGUGAUAAAGCCGACGAAAGCACAGUUGCUCGGUAACUCUUGUCUUUUUGCCCACUUAAGGUAUCCAAAGUAUAUAGAUUUGAGGAGGCACUAGGAAGUGGACUGCUAAACUUCUACCUCUGCUGUGGGCAUGGCCAAAUGGUGCCUUUUUAAUUGCUGAGGUCAAUUGCCCAUGUGUUUUCAACUCUUUGAUCCAUAUCGAAAACUUUAUGAAGAUUUUCACCGAGCAAAUUUUUACUAAUCGUUUGCCCAUGAAAAUUAUUAGCGUCUUGUUUCAGCUUAUUCUAAAUUACAAUUUCUGGUUUGCAGAAUUUUUCUCGUGGGACUUUCUUUGUCGCUGUGUCGGCUUCUCAUUUAUUGACAGAAGGAAGUCUGUUGAACUUGGUUCCAACGCACUGACCGCCAUUUUUGGCAGCCAUGCACACACGGUUGAAGGAGAAUCAUGCUCCGAAAUUCAUCUAAUUUUCAUCUUUACCAUCGACAGUAUCCUAACUUUAAACAAUUGUCUUCAAAUGAGCUUAUAGUUGAUUAUGGACGCUUGCCAUUUUUUAACCUUGCCCAACAACCUGGCCGACCACCUUUCUCGGUUCCAAGUUUCGAUUCUCUUCUUUUCAUCUCAUGGAGAUCUGUUCGAUUAAUCAAGAGCCACACGAAAAUAAAUUGUUAAAAAAAUUUGUUUUUUCGUGGUGGUUUUCCGUGUGUGGCCAGCUAACUUUGUUAGUUUCAAAAUGACGGCGUUCAUGUUCGAGUUUUAAGCACAUUUAGCCAGGUUGGGUUACUCAUUGGGAUCUCAAUCUGCAUACUUCUUCCCUAAGAUAAUCUUUAAGUGUACGACUUUCCGUCUCUCACUCUUUAGAAUUGUCGAUUCUUGGCUGUAAUGUGUCACGUGAGUCUGUGAAUGAUGCGAAAAAAGUUUUUGCAAAAGUUCUUCCCAGCCUUCAUUUGUCAAAGGAUCCUCUUGUUGGCAACCUUCCAAUCACCCAAGUUGAAGAGUAUUUGAGGGACUAUCUCUUCAGAUUCUCUGUGUUGGUGGUGGACGGUUAUACCGUGAGGGAUGGUUGUGAUGAUCAAAGAUCAAAGGAAUUACAGCGACUUGUAAGAAUUGCAGUGGAUAAAGUCG